CGUAAAUAUCGUGAAGUGAAGCAAGACAACAUCUCUGCAUUGUGAAAGUAUACCAGAAGCACCAAGAUGCCAACAACUACGGAACUCCUCGUCUGUCCGCUAUCGGCAGGCUCAGAUAUUGGAGAUCAGCAGAAUGAAGCUGCCAAGGUUCUCAAAGAAGUUGGAGGUACUCUGAAGACUACCGAUGGGGUCCAGCAGAUUCAAUUUGGGACAACGGUGGAGAAACCAGAUGUCUUUGAGUUACACGUUGACUGGAACUCCCUCUCCCACCACAAAACCUUCAUGGCAACAGAAGCCUACCAACCCUUCCUGAACCGCUUCCUCACCAUCGCCGGCGGAGCACCCUCUAUGCUCCACGUAGACUUCGAGCCUGCUGGCGGCUAUACCAAAGCCACCAGCGCUCCCGUCACCGAGGUCGCUACAUUCUACUUUGGAAGCAAAGAAGCACCUGCAGACUAUCUGGAGGGUGCUCGCAAGUUUGCCGAGAUAUUUGAAAAUGAGAAGACUGCUGGUUUCUUGGGUGCGGCACUGGGUUUGUCUCACGAGGAUAAUUUGAAGAGUCCCAAGGAAGGGCUGGAGGGAAGAGCGGCGGUGUUGGUGAUUGGGUGGGAGAGUGUGGAUGCUCAUAUGAAAGUUAGGGAGACGCAGCUUUUCAAGGACAAUAUUCAUCUGUUGCGGAAUGGGGUGAAGGAUGCGGAGGUGCAUCAUGUCCAGUUGAUGAACUUUGUGGAGUGAUCUCGGAUGGGAAACGUGUACCUGUACAUACAACAGACGUGUAGCUGUUCCUGUUCUGUAUCUGGGAGAAUCUUCGGCAGACAAGGAGGAAGCAGAACGAGGCAUGUGACAAAACUCUGAUCGACGUCACUGAUUCUGUAAACGCGUUGGCACAUUACAUAUCUACAAC